AUGGUUGUCGGUGCAUUUCCGCUCUUUAAAUUGGCAAGUUUAGCCGUGAAACAAAUUUCCAAACCGAUAGCAAACAGUCUGAAGACCACAGCGAAACAGAGCGAUUUCUUUAGGAAAUAUGUUUGUAUCUGGCCUGGGCAAGGUGAGGGAUAUUGUGAUGGCACGGAUGUCGACCCUCGUUUGUUAUCUCUCAAGAUCCUUGCUCAGCUCAAGCUCAGCUCGUCUUUAGGUUCUUUCACACCGUUCAGUUUUCUUUGGUUCCCUAGCAGUAUCCAGUUUAAAAAUCUAGUUCCAGAGUUAAGUAAAUGGUCGCAAAAACAAAACUUGAGAGUGCAAGCCUCUCGUCAAUUUCUUGCUGAAUCACAAUAAAUUUCUGUUGAGUUACAUUGUAUUCCCAAACAGAGCCAAAUUGAAAUUUGUCGAUCAUCAGUAUUUUGCCAUCGCACAUGUAACUAUCGCCUUUGGAGAGAAAAGUCAUGACUUUUUGGCCCGUUCUAGACUCAACCAAGUUAGGAAAUUUUUUUCAUGUUUGCAUUAUCUCAAAGCAGUCAUUUAGGGUUGAGAGAAUUUGAGACAGUUAUGCAAGUCGCAGGGUUUGCAGAUCUUUUCAGAAUUGAGAGUGUGAGAAGUAUUUCAUUGAUUAUAUAAGGUUUGAUCCAUUGCCAGCACCAACUUACUGGACUGUCUUUUUGAUGCCUCAAAUCUGAAAAGUUGGGUUAGUUCAAGUCUAGUUUUCUUAUGGGGUGGUGGCAAGGUAAUGCAUACGCACCGCGUAUGAUAUGAAAGGAAGACUGCCUUAACCAUAGCAACAUAUACGUCCUCUAAUUCAGGGAAAAAAUUUCCAAUCAACUUUUUUUUUCUAGAAACUAAGUAGUAUAAUAGUUUAUGUCGUUAAAAAGAAAGAAAAACAGGAACCAGCAGUGGACAAUUAUCCACAUAAAUCAAAACAAACUUUACAAGGAAAUCAACUUCCCAAUUGCAAUGACAAGAUUCAAAAGUUUUGUGCCCCCACCUUGAUUUUGAAUGUAAGUUUCCAAAAGAUAAGCUGAAUAUUUUACCCUAGAAACAAACUAUCUUGACAAUGGCUAUGUUUCAUCCUAUUUCCUCCUUUUUCAUACUGUAAGAGGUGGCUGACACUAAGAAAAACUAUCUGCAAAGGUAUCAAUCUAUUUACACUAAUCCUGAGUUAGCUAACAGCCCAGCACAAAUAAAUACAAAAUCCUGAUCAUAAAUUGAUACUUCAUCCUCAGGCUAUCACUGGCUGGAGACAAAAGUCAAAAUGAAGUUAAUGGGACUUGCUGGUCCAGAAAAAGUACCACUGCUGAGUGAACAAAAAGCAGUAGAUGUUGGUGCUGAGCUCUUGGGUGAAUCACUGGUAUUUGGUGUGGCAGCAGCUUUGCUCUUUCUAGAAUAUAGACGAGGGCAGAAGAAAGAAGAAGCUAAAGAGCAGAAACAAAAUGAAAAGUUAUUUGAACUUCAUAGUCAGGUCAAAGAGCUUGAGCUUUUGGUAGAGACUAAUGCAGCUCAAGUGCGUGAGUUAACAAGACUUGUCCAUAGCAAAGACAGUUAACUAAAAUAAAAAAUAUGACCUUGUAAUUGAUUGAAUUCUUCUCUGCAUUUUAGUUAAAAUUUCAUUUAUUAAUAAGUAUCUUGCCACUUCUGUGUAAAAUUUUGUUGUUGAGAUGCAAAUUUGUGCUUAUGUUGAUGUGUAUGAUUUUAUUUCUCACCAAAGGAUUUGAUUCUUUUUCAAUUGUUGGAAAAAGUAUACCCUAAACAGCCCAGAAAUUUUAGUUUACUUGUAUUUGUGAAUUGGUGAUAUUAAUUUUUACCCCAGAUUAGAUAAUAUCUAAAAUGGCUACCCCAGAAAUCUUUUAGAAAUAAUUUGAGGUAUACUCUGUGUAUCCUUGAUGUGAAAAGGGUUACAGGGUGAAAAUCUUUGUGUUCCUAACUUCCUUGUCUCCAAGUAAUAAACUAAUCAGUAUUUCUAACAUUCAUAGAUAACAUGAGAUUCAACAGCUAUCAUUUAUUUACCUUCAAAGUUUGAAUGUUAUUUUAUGAACUGUUUUCUAUGGGAAGUCAGUAGUGGCAUUCAUACUGAACAAUUUUUAUAGGAAAUAUUGAAAAGACAAUCUAUUAUGGAGACUUUCUUUUUAGCUACAGGUUUGAUUCUACAUGUAAACUGUGUAGUUUACUUAUAAAUAUUUUGGGGAGUGUUUCAAUCAAAAUUGUUGUAGCUCAACUUUUUUGCAAGGUGUUGAGACAGAAGAUGUUUUUCCUCCCUUUUGUAAGAUUUUGGUGGACAUGGAGUUGAAUGCACCUUCUACCCUUCUCCACCACCCUCAUGGCCAGAUUUGCCUCUCAACUUUCCUCCAUUCAUUCUCUGGAAAUCUGUGACUUUGAGGUAGUGAUUUUGAGUCAUAUUGAACCUUUUCCCCAAAAAUAAUAUUCUAUGUGAUUGCUUCAUCUAAGUUCCACCCUCCUACUCAGAGUCACUUAAAUGGGUGGAAAGAAAUCCAUUAAUAGAUAAUGAUAUAACAAUGGG